AUGGCAUCUAGGGAGGAAUAUGACCUUGGAAUCACUGCAGACAUGCAUGUACAUCUUCGAGAUGGGAAAAUGAUGGAACUAAUCACACCUACUGUCAGGGAAGGAGGAAUCUCUAUAGCAUAUGUAAUGCCCAAUUUAGUACCUCCAAUCACUACCUUAGAUAGAGUUAUAGAGUAUAGGUCACAACUACAGAAAUUGGCACCCAAAACAACAUUCCUAAUGUCAUUUUAUUUGUGCAAGGAACUUACUCCUGAACUAGUCGAAAAAGCUGCCCAACAAGGUGCCAUAAAGGGAAUCAAAUGUUAUCCCGCUGGUGUCACUACCAAUUCAUCAGCAGGAGUUGAUCCUAACGACUUCACUGACUUCUAUCCCAUUUUCGAGACCAUGCAGAAGAAUAAUUUGAUACUAAAUUUGCAUGGGGAAAAACCUUCGACCCAAGACUCUGCGGAAGAUAUCCAUAUACUAAACGCAGAACCGAAGUUUUUACCUGCAUUGGAGAAACUACACAAGGACUUUCCAGACUUGAGAAUUGUACUUGAACACUGUACCACCAAGGAUGCCAUUGAUAUGGUUGAAAAGUUGAACAAAGAUACAACUCUGGCGUCAGACGUAAGAGUUGCGGCUACGAUUACUGCUCAUCACCUUUCUUUGACCAUCGAUAAUUGGGCUGGCAAUCCUAUUAACUACUGCAAACCCGUGGCCAAACUUCCGGAGGACAAGAGGGCUCUAGUGACAGCGGCAACCUCAGGUAAGCCUUACUUUUUUUUUGGCUCUGAUUCUGCUCCUCAUCCAUUGUCGGCAAAAGCGAGACAUGUUGGAGUCUGCGCAGGUGUAUAUUCUCAGAGCUUCGCCGUUCCAUAUGUAGCCGAAGUUUUUGAUGCACAGAACUGCCUCGCUAAAUUAAAACUGUUUGUCAGUGAUCACGGCAAGCAAUUCUACGGCAUAUCGGACGAUGAAGUACGCUGUAAAGAUAAACUCUUUUUGGUUAAACGAUCAUGUGUCGUCCCAGAAGCCUUUGGAAAUAGCGAUCUUGAAGUUGUACCGUUUAAGGCAGGACAAGAGCUCACAUGGUCAGUAGAAUGGAGAUGA